AUGGAGCGAAGGGUGACCAGGUUCCCACUGCUCCUGCCGGAGGGCGAGGCCUACCAGUACGAGGUGGAGAACCUGACGAAAUGCUGCACCAAUACGGAAGACCUUCGGUACUGGGUGGAACACUUCCUGCUUGCAUCGACCUCCGUCACGCGCUACGCCCUCGAGGCCAAUCACUUCCUCCGUGCCAGCGGGGCUGCUGCGCUGCCGGAGGGGGCCGCCCAGCAAGCAGCCGCUCGUUUCGUGCUUGAGUGGGAGCGGUGGUCUGCCGGCCUCCAGAGGCCCGUCUCGGUGUGGGAGUUAUGUCUGGAACGGGAGCGACUGCUGCGCGAGGUCGGCUUCAGCGAUGCCUACGCCCACGUCAAACACAACGAGAACAAGGCCGCUCUGUGCCUUCUUCCUGCUCUCUUGAGGGAGUUGGACGCCAUGAACGAUGAGGACAGGUUGCAGACUCUGUUUGAGGGCGUAUUUGCGGGCAACAUCUUUGAUCUCGGAGACGGCGGAGGUGCCGCAGACUUCCUGCGGUGUCGUGACAAACUACCACCGCGGCCCUGGUUUGUGGACGAUUUCACUGCCAUCAAACAGCGAUUUGCCGACAACACACUCGCCCCCUACAGAAAGGGCAUCCUCUUCGUGGACAACGCUGGAACGGACGUUGUGUUGGGCAUGGUGCCCCUUGUACGCGAACUGCUGCGGCGCGGAACCAAUGUCGUGCUCAGCGCCAACUCCACCCCAGCUCUCAACGAUAUCACCCACCCAGAACUGGUUCAGGUGAUGGAUCAGGUAGCACUGGUGGACACCAUACUCGCUGAUGCGGUUCGCGAUGGUCGGCUGAAGCUGGUCGCCAGCGGCAACGGAUGCCCGCUGAUUGAUCUCGGCCAGGUCAGCGUCGAGCUCGCAGAGGAAGCCGACAGCGCCGACCUGGUCAUCCUCGAGGGCAUGGGUCGUGCACUGCAGUCCAACCACAGUGCGCGCUUCAAAUGCGACGUUAUGAAGCUGGCCAUGGUCAAGGACGCCCAUGUGGCCGAGAAGCUCGGUUGCCCGCUCAUGGCCUGCUUCUGCCGAUUCGAGCAGCUGCCGGGUAAAUGA